AUGGGUGGCGGCGGAAAAGCAGGGCCAAACAACUGGCUUGGAAACUGGGGCACCUUCGGCCUCGCCCGUCAACGCGGUAUCAUCCAAUACACCCUCGCAGCAAACCGCCAAAAGGCUACAGCUGGAGCUCUACACGGUGCUAUCUUCAAUGGAUGGAGGAGAUUUAGAGGACAGGUACUCUACAUUGUACCGCCGUUUGUAGGAAUUUACUAUUUGAUGGAGUGGGCGAAUCACCGAAAUGAAUUCUUGAAUAGUAAGGCCGGACAAGCGCUUUACGGAGAUUCGGAGGAGUAG